AUGCCCGAUCAGUAUUCAGUUCCUAACCUUCAGGACUUUGCCGAAGCUCUCUGUGGCAAAACCGUUUUCUCAAAGAUCGAUUUGGUGCGGGCUUUUCAUCAAAUUCCGAUUGCGGCUGAGGGCAUUCCCAAAACGGCAGUGACGACUCGUCUUGGCUUGUUUGAGUUCCUUCGUAUGCCAUUUGAUCUCCGAAAUGCCUUACAGACUUUCCAACGUUUCAUUGACCGUGUUUUACGUGGUCUUUCAUUUGUUUAUGCGUAUAUUGAUGAUAUUCUCGUCGCCAGUCGAUAUUUCAAAGAACAUCUCAAACACCUUACCCUGCUUUUCGACCGAUAUCAGCUGUUUGGUGUCACCCAACAUCCUUCUAAAUGUGUCCUAGGAGCCACUUCUCUUGAGUUCUUAGGUCACCUGAUAGACUCAAAUGGCAUUCGGCCUCUUCCCUCAAAGGUUGCCGCCAUUCGGGAGUUUCCACCCCCUACCUCGAAGCGUCAGUUGCAAAGGUUCCUUGGUAUGGUGAACUUUUAUCGCCGGUUUCUCCCGAACUGUGCCGAUAUUAUCCUACCUCUGACCACUCUCCUCUCAGGUUCUAAGCGCACCUUUGAACUUAUACAAACAGCACUCACAUCAUUUGAGCAGUUAAAAGCCCUUUUGGCUGAUGCCGCCCUCCUGACUCACUUUUAUGCUGAUGCACCCCUAUAUCUGAUGGUCGAUGCCUCCAAUGUUGCUGUUGGCGUGGUUCUUCAACAAAGUCCGCCAGAUCCUAUCGUGCCUUUGGCUUUCGUCUCCAAGGUACUAUACAAGGACGAAACCCGCUACAGCACACUCGGACGUGAACUUCUUGCCGUUUAUCGUGCCGUAAGGCACUUCCGGGAUUUACUCGAUGGUAGAGUGUUCACAAUUUUCACAGAUCAUAAGCCACUCACGUUUGCAAUGCAUUCCCACUCUGACAAGCUAACCUCCCGGGCGAUCCGUCACCUGGACUACAUUUCGCAGUUUACUUCAGACAUCCGCCAUAUUGACGGGUCAUGGAAUGAGGUGGCUGUCGCACUUUCCAGGCCGUCUUUUGCUCAUCUUCAGCUUUCAUCCGGGAUAGACCUCACUGAGAUGGCCGUUGAACAACGCCGUGUCGGUUCACCCUCUGAUGAGGAUGUUUCUGGACUCCAACUUCAGGAACUACCACUGACAACUGGCAACGGCAUCAUUUUAUGCGACGUAUCCACCCGUUUCCAUCGUCCAUUUGUGCCACCAUCCCUCCGCCGCAAAGUUUUCUCUUCCCUGUACAAUCUCUCUCACCCUGUAAGUCGAGCAACCGACAAGCUGGUUUCCGACCGCUUCGUCUGGCCUGGGAUGCACAAAGACCUGACAACAUGGACACGGGCUUGUAUCCCCUGCCAACGGAGUAAGAUCCAGCGGCACAACAAGGCCCCCAUUGGCACCUUCCCCGGCCCUGGUGCAAGGUUCAGCCACGUUCACCUGGACAUUGUAGGCCCCCUGCCUCUGUCCGAUGGUUGUUCUUAUCUCCUCACCUGUGUGGAUCGGUACACUCGGUGGCCUGAAGCAAUUCCCCUGUCAGACAUUGCUGCUCCAACGGUGGUCAAGGCUUUUCUCAGUCGUUGGGUUGCUAUCUUUGGUGCACCCUCCACAAUCACGACUGGCUGUGGUGCCCAGUUUGAGUCUAACUUCUUCCAGUCUUUACUCUCCUUUUUAGGCUGUACCCGCAUUCGGACAACAGCCUAUCACCCCGCUGCAAAUGGGAUGGUCGAGCGGUUUCGCCGCCAGCUGAAGGCCUCCCUACGCGCCACGGCCGAUCCGGAGAACUGGACGGAUCACCUUCCCCAGGUCCUCUUUUUGGGCAUCCGCCCGCUCUUAAGCCGGACCUUGAUUGUUCCGCAGCUGAACUGGUGUUCGACGCCACCGUUCGACUUCCCGGUGAGAUGAUCUCGCCAACCCCGCAGGGUGCAGUUGAGGUUCCUACCAACCUCCUGCAUCGCCUCCGGCAGUUUAUGCGGACACUUGCUCCGGUUCCUCCCAGGUCCUCCGCCUCUCCGUCUUAUCUCGAGAAGGACUUGGCAACGUGCUCUCACGUCUACCUUCGAUGUGAUCGAGUCCGCCGGCCUCUGCAACCGCCCUAUGACGGCCCAUUUCGGUUGCUCUCUCGCGGGCUGAAGACUUUCCGCAUUCAGUGCGACAAUCGUGAAGAGGUCGUGAGUGUGGACCGCCUCAAGGCUGCCGUCCCUGACACUCCUCCGGAUGAGCCCUGUGGUCCUGUACCAUCUGCUUCCCCCCAUGCAGCCUCUUUUCCACCGUCCCGUAUUUUCCCUCUACCCUUCUGUCCGCUACCUCCGACUGCCACCACCAAAUUCAACACUUCCGUCACCAGAUGUAUUCACUCUUCUACAGACCCUGUAUAUAUCACUCGCAGUGGUCGUCAUGUACACCUUCCUGAUCAGUUGGUCACUCAUUUCUUUUAG